CGUGAAUUUCGCGAUUCCGCGUUCCUUUAUUGCAACAUAUCAUGCCCAGGCCACCAAGGAAGAAGCGUCAUAUCCAGAAUACACCAGCACCCGAUUCUGCUGACCAAGCAACCGCUAGCACUGAACAGUCUAUUGAUACACAGAACGAAAGGAACGGUUCUCCUUCAAUCAGAGAGGAAUCAGUAGGAACGCAGAUCAAUCACGACGAGCAAACGUCAACUCCUUCCAUCCAGCCUUCACCGGAUAAUGCAGCCAAUGCGACAGAGAAAACAAUCGAUGAAGAAAAGAAAUCACGGCUUGUUAUUACGAAGAUGGUACUCAAGAAUUUCAAAUCGUACGCUGGACGACAAGUCAUCGGUCCUUUUCAUAAAUCUUUUAGUGCGAUUGUUGGUCCCAACGGAUCAGGGAAAUCGAACGUGAUCGAUGCACUGCUAUUUGUGUUUGGUUAUCGAGCCAACAAAAUGCGACAAGGAAAACUGUCGGAACUCAUACACAACUCGGCAAAGUAUCCCAAUCUUGAUUCAUGUGCGGUCGAGAUUCAUUUUCAAGAGAUCAUUGACAGAGAUGACUCUAGUAAAUUCGAUGUAGUACCAAACUCUCGCCUUGCGAUUUCACGACAAGCUUAUCGCAACAAUGCCAGUAAAUAUUUCAUCAACGAUAAAACGAGUUCGUAUACCGAGGUCACCGCAUUAUUGAGAGCUCGAGGCAUCGAUUUGGAUCAUAAACGAUUCCUAAUUCUGCAGGGCGAAGUUGAAUCCAUUGCAUUGAUGAAAGCGAAAGCAAAAGAUGAUAACGACGAUGGAUUACUGGAAUAUCUGGAAGACAUCAUCGGUACCUCCAAGUACAAAGAACCCAUUGAAAAGACAAGCGCGCAAUUAGAAACACUUAAUGAAGAACGCCUCGAAAAAUUCAACCGCGUGAAAUAUGUCGCUAAAGAAAAGGACAACUUGGAGGAGAAAAAAGCGGAAGCCGAGAGUUAUCUCGAUAACGAAAACGAAUUAGCGAAACGCAAGAACGAACUAUAUCAAAUUUAUUUAUAUGAAGCCAAUACUAACAUCGACAUCGCCAACGAAGCAUUGGAGGAGCUCCAAGAAAAACUACAAGAGGAAGAGCAAAAGCAAUCUGAGGCCGAAAACGAGAUUAAAGAACUGGAGGAGACGUACCAAACCACAGUGCGAGAAUACAACGGAUUGGAAGCACAGAUGAGCGAAAUUCAAAAACAGCACGCAAAGUAUGAAAGAGAAGACGUGCAAUUGCGGGAACGUAAAGACUAUUUGUCCAACAAACAAGAGAAGGCCAAAGCGACCAUGGAGGCAGAUCGCGAAGCGCGCACUGCGGCACGAGAAGCCAUUAAAACGAACGCCGAUGCAUUGCAACUGCGACAAGCAGAUCUGACCAAACUGGAAAAGCAACUAAAGAGUGAAGAAAAGACGCUGGAUGAAAUCAACAGGGAACUCAAAGGCAAAACAGACGGGUACCUUGCUGAGAUAGAAGAACAUCAGAAAAAGCUGGCUCCUUGGACGGAGAAGAUCAACAAGAAGAAAAAAGAUAUCGAUGUUCGUCGAUCCGAAGCCGAAAUUUUAGCAGAACGCAUCUCAUCCGGAGUUAAAGCGCUCGAAAAUGCAGAAAAAGCUUUGCAAAAUGUCAAAAAAGCUCGCGAACAAAAGCUCAAAGAAAGCAACGAUUUGCCUGUGGAAAUCGAGAAUCUGGAGAAAGAAAUAGCAGAACUUGAAGACCAAGUCAAGGUAUUUGUGGCGUGUAUAAAAUGAAUGAGCGCAAAAACUAAUCGAAGGAUUGUAGAUUUUGGAAGAGAAAGAAAAGCACUGUCGUGAUCAGCUUAGCAGUGCACGUCAGAAAGCAGAUGAUGC